CCUCAGCCUGGGCUGUGGCGGUCGCUGCGUUAUGGAGGGCGAGAGCACGGUGGCGGUGCUGUCGGGCUUCGUGCUCGGAGCGCUUACGUUUCAGCACCUCAACACCGAUUCGGACACGGAAGGUUUUCUCAUUGGGGAAGUGAAAGGUGAAGCCAGGAAUAGCAUCACUGAUUCCCAGAUGGAUGAUGUAGAGGUUGUUUAUACAAUUGAUAUUCAGAAAUACAUUCCAUGCUAUCAGCUUUUCAGCUUUUAUAAUUCUUCAGGUGAAAUAGAUGAGCAAGCACUAAAGAAAAUAUUACCAAACAUCAAAAAGGAUGUAGUAGGUUGGUAUAAGUUCCGUCGUCAUUCAGAUCAGAUCAUGACAUUUAGAGAGAGAGUGCUUCACAGAAACUUACAAGAGCAUCUCUUAAAUCAAGAACUUGUUUUUCUGUUAAUGACACCAAGUAUAAUAACAGAAAGUUGCUCUACUCAUCGCCUGGAACAUGCCCUAUAUAAACCUCAAAAAGGGCUUUUUCAUAGGAUACCUUUAGUGGUUGCCAAUCUAGGCAUGUCUGAACAAAUGGGUUAUAAAACUGUAUCAGGUUCCUGUAUGUCGGCUGGUUUUAGCAGAGCAGUGAAAACACACAGAUCCGAGUUUUUUAAAGAUGAUGGAUCUUUAAAGGAGGUACAUAGGAUAAAUGAAAUGUAUGCUUCAUUGCAGGACGAACUAAAGACUGUAUGCAAAAAAGUAGAAGAUAGUGAACGAGCAGUGGAGAAACUACUAGAGGAUGUAAACAGAUUAAAACGAGAAAUUAAAACAAGGAAAGAGGCACAGAUUCAAGCAUCAGAAUGGCAACACACUUGCUUAACACUGAAUUCAGUGCAAGAGAGAAAAAAUUUAAUAUACUCGUUGCCAACGAGUGGUGGGAAAACCCUGGUGGCCGAGAUUCUAAUGCUGCAAGAACUGCUCUGCAGGCGGAACGAUGUCUUAAUGGUCCUCCCCUAUGUGGCGAUUGUCCAAGAAAAGAUAACAGGCCUUUCAAGUUUUGGUGUAGAACUUGGUUUCUUUGUUGAAGAAUAUGCUGGAAGCAAAGGAAGGUUUCCUCCAAUUAAAAGAAGGGAGAAGAAAUCGCUCUAUGUUGCCACUAUCGAAAAGGCACACAGCCUGGUGAACUCCCUGAUUGAAACCGGGAGAAUUAGCAAUCUGGGGCUGGUGGUUGUUGAUGAGCUGCACAUGAUUGGUGAAGGAAGCCGUGGGGCUACAUUGGAAAUGACCCUAGCAAAAAUCCUCUACACUAGCAAAACAACUCAAAUCAUUGGUAUGAGUGCAACACUAAACAAUGUUGAAGAUCUACAAGAGUUUCUUCAAGCGGAAUAUUACACCAAUCAGUUUAGACCAGUUGAAUUAAAAGAAUAUCUGAAACUGAAUGACAGCAUAUAUGAGGUUGACAGCAAGGCUGAGAAAGGCAUGACUUUUUCCCGUCUCCUUAAUUACAAGUACUCUGACGCUCUGAAAAAGAUGGAUCCUGACCACUUAGUGGCAUUAGUGACAGAAGUGAUUCCCAAAUAUUCCUGCUUAGUCUUCUGCCCCACAAAGAAGAACUGUGAAAACGUAGCAGAAAUGAUAUGCAAAUUUUUAAGCAAGGAAUAUCUGAAGCACAAGGAGAAAGAAAAAGAAGAUGUGAUUAAGAACUUGAAGAAUAUGAGCAGUGGCAAACUGUGUCCAGUUUUGAAGCGCACGGUGCCUUUUGGCGUCGCCUACCACCACAGUGGCCUGACCAGCGAGGAGAGGAGGCUGCUGGAGGAGGCCUAUUCCUCAGGCAUCCUCUGCCUGUUUACCUGCACGUCCACCCUGGCAGCCGGGGUCAACCUGCCGGCCCGAAGGGUUAUUUUAAGAGCUCCCUAUGUUGCUAAGGAAUUUCUAAAGAGAAAUCAAUAUAAACAGAUGAUUGGAAGAGCUGGCCGUGCUGGAAUAGACACUGUUGGAGAGAGUAUCCUUAUCUUUCAAGAAAAAGAUAAGGAACAGGUGUUGGAGUUAAUAAACAGACCCCUGGAAAACUGUUACAGCCAUCUUGUUCAGGAAUUCACAAAAGGAAUACAAACUUUGUUUCUGUCUUUGAUUGGCUUGAAGAUUGCAACAAACCUUGGCGACAUCCAUGACUUCAUGAAUGGUACAUUUUUUGGCAUUCAGCAGAAUGUUUUAUUGAAAGAAAAGAGUCUUUGGGAAAUAACUGUGGAGUCCCUGAGCUACCUGACAGAAAAAGGGCUCCUGCAGAAAGAAAUGGUCGCCACAUCAGAAGAAGAGCACCAGUGUAAUUUUCACAUUACGAAACUUGGACGAGCAUCUUUUAAGGGAACUAUAGAUUUAGCUUACUGUGACAUUCUCUACAGAGACUUGAAGAAAGGUCUCGAAGGUCUCGUGCUGGAAAGCUUUCUUCAUCUCAUCUACCUAACAACUCCCUAUGAUCUGGUUCCCCAGUGUGACCCGGACUGGAUGGUGUACUUCAGGCAGUUUAACCAACUCAGUCCAGCAGAGCAAAACGUAGCUUCUCGUCUUGGAAUCUCUGAGAGCUUUAUUGGGAAGAAAGCAUCAGGUCAAGCCAUCAAAAAGAAAGUGGACAAGGACGUUGUCAACCGACUCUACUUGUCUUUUGUUCUUUAUGCCCUGCUCAAAGAGACCAACGUUUGGAGUGUGGCUGAAAAGUUUAACAUGCCUCGAGGAUACAUACAGAAUCUUCUUACCGGAGCUGCGUCAUUCUCAUCCUGUGUGUUGCAUUUCUGUGAGGAACUGGAAGAGUUUUGGGUGUAUAGAGCACUGCUGGUGGAGCUCACCAAGAAGCUGACAUAUUGUGUGAAGGCAGAGCUGAUCCCGCUCAUGGAAGUGACAGGCGUGCUGGAGGGCCGAGCAAAACAAUUGUACAAAGCGGGCUACAAAAGCCUGAUGCACUUAGCCAAUGCAGAUCCGGAAGUGCUAAUCAGAACAAUUGACCACUUAUCAAGACGCCAGGCCAAGCAAAUCAUUUCCUCUGCAAAGAUGCUGCUGCAUGAAAAGGCAGAGGCUUUGCAGGAAGAAGUGGACGAGUUGCUGCGACUGCCUCCCGACUUCCCUGGCCCCGUGGACACCCCCACAGAAAAGGCAUGGAGCUAGCCGAUGAUUUUCAGUUCAUAUUAUUUAUUUCCCAUAUGUUUUAUUAAAAAUUUCUUAUACUUUAUAAAUGAAAAUAUGUAUGUAUAUAUAUAUAUUAUUUAUACAUUAAGAACUGUGGGUGACACUUAAAUAUAUCUCUCCCUCAUAAUUGAAGUAUCUUUCUCAGAUGAUUCCUCUUAUUGAUGUUAUGCAACAGUUUAUCUGAUCAAAAAUCUCUGCUGUCUACCACAAAAUGAAAUUCGAUUUUUUCCGUGUGACUCCAGCCUACCUUUGUAGCCAGAUCUGUCAUUAUGCUCUCCCCUAUUUCUUUCACCCAACUACACUAUGGAAAUCCCCAGAAUUUUCCUUGUCAUGACGCACCCUCUUUUUUCCUAAGUGCUCUUUAUUCCCAGUACAUAGAAAUGUACCAUAUAUUUCAUGUAUCAACUACUAGUGUUCAAAUACUGUCUCCCCAGUGAACUGGCUGCAGGUUCAGCCUCGUCACCACCCCACACAGAGUGUCUCUUCCUUCCUACCGUUGUGGACCCCUCAUUUAUCCACAGGUCACUUUUUUCUGCUAUUAAUCCAUAGUUAAGAGUAAUCUAAUCUUUUUUGUGU